CUCCCAGUAUUACUUAAGGGCUUUCUCUCUUGGAAUCAUCUCUACUCCAGUCUUGCUAGAGACUAAGACACUGCAACUUUUAAGGAAGCAGCUGGGAAAUUCUAUCCAAAUAUGUUUUCUUUCAUGAUUCUGUUUUUUGCUCUCUGUUAUUCUUCAUUUAGUCAGAACAUAGAUGAGUAUGAUGAUCUCUUCUUCUUGAAUUUUGACAAUGAAAUAGAGAGUGUAAUCCCUGCAACAGAAGAAACCAUUUCAUGUGAUUGUCAGCGAGAACACACGGAAUGGGACAAGCUCUUCAUUAUGCUUGAGAAUUCCCAGAUGAAGGAAAACAUGCUGCUUCAGUCUCUGGAUGAAAUCCUUAAGGUGGAGCUGCAGAUGCUGAGAGCAGAAAUGCUGCAGUUUGUGGAAAACUUUGCUGGCACGUGCACCACGUAUAUCGAGAAAGCAAUCUCCCAGAUCUGGAGCCAAAUGGACCAGAAGAUGUCAAACAACAAAGAAAAUGGGGGUAUUUCUGGGAUGCUUCAUGAGACUAAGCAAGAAAAGAUUCUCCAAGACAUUCUGCAGUUGAAUCGAAAUCUUUCCACCCGACUCAGCCAGCUCGAGCGUGCUUGGCAGUGGAGCGCCCAAGAGGGUGAUCAGCAGAGUCAUUUGUCAGAGGAAGGUAGAGUCAGCUACAUAACUAAUGGGGACGGUUUCAUGCUGAAGUCACUGUGGCAAGAGCUGCAGGAAACAAAAGCUGAACUGAAAGAAUCCCAAAAGAGGACCACAAAAUCUUCAUUGCCAGCUGGUUGUGAAACAGUUCUUUUAUUCCCAAUGCGUUCUAAAAAGAUCUUCGUGAGUGUUCAUCCAACUGGUGAGAUGACACUUUUCUCCUUCACUGUCUGCACAUGGGUUAAGGUAACUGAAGCACUGGACAAAACUAUUGUAUUCUCAUAUGGAACAAAGAGUAAUCCCUAUGAAAUUCAGCUUUAUCUGAACUAUGACUCUGUGGUUCUUGCUGUAAAUAGUGAUCUCAACAAGAUAACUGCCCCAAAUGUAAUUUCUUCUGGAGCAUGGACUCACAUCUGCAGUGCCUGGAGUUCAGUUAAUGGAAAUGUAUCUUUAUGGAUAAAUGGGAUGGCUGUGGUCACCUCUUCAGAUAUAUAUGAAGACCACAUCAUUCCAGAUGGUGGAAUUUUGCAAAUUGGCCAGGAAAAAAAUGGCUGCUGCAUUGGAGGUGGUUUCAAUGAAUCUUUAGCUUUUUCUGGAAAAAUAACUGGCUUUAAUAUUUGGGACAGAAUCCUCAGUGAUAAAGAGAUAAUAAGACAAUCUGAAGAAGAUGCAUGUAACAGCCGUGGCAACAUAGUUGGGUGGGGGGUUACAGAGAUUCUGCCUCAUGGAGGAGCUCAGUAUGUUUUUAGCCCCUGAACUAUUGUUCUUCAAAACUCUACAUAAAGUCAAACACAAUAAACAGAACCUAUAAAAUCUGAAUAUAUAUAUAUACACACACAUAUAUAUAUAUUUAUUUAGAAUUGGUCCAUGAUACAGUUUCCACAGGAAAAGCAGAAGUAUAAAGAACAUUCAGUAUAAAGAACAUUGUGCUUCACACAAGAAACUCUGAAUGAGGCUUCACAUGGCAAGAAGCCUUUGGAUGACUCCCAUGGCUACAACUAUAAUCCAAUAUCUAUGCUCUCCGGAGUCCCUAAAGAAGAACAGUGCUGUCCUAAGAAGAUUGGGAGACAGCUCUCCACAAAUGGCUAUAGCUGCUUUCAGAAUAAGUAGUUGCUAUGCCAGUAAGAUUAAUUUUAACCACAUGAAAUCUCAUUCAUAGAGGAUUCAUGUAUGUAGGGUACAAUUUAAAAUUGCUAUGAAAUGAAAGCUAUAUUAUAGGCUCUUAAAUAUAUCUUGUUAAGAGUCAGUAUGUAAACAUGCAGGUCAGGACUGCCAUAUGGAUACAGCAUUCUCUAAGCACAUCUUAAUCAUACCCCAGAAGUGCUUUUGAACACACUCUGAGUUACAAGACUACCACCUAUCAUGAUGGGAAGGCUAUAAUGACCCUGAAAAUGAUGCUAGCAGGAACUCCUGGUAGGAUUAUCCUUGCUGAUAAAAUCAAAGGGGAAGCGUGGAGCUAAAAGUAAUUCACAAUGGAGUUGAACGUAGGUGGGGUUCUGCAGAUUUGAGAGAAAAAAUGAGAGAUUUUUAAAAGAUCAUCAGAAAAAAUAACUGUAAUGAAUUACAGUUAAAGUAGAACUGUUCAAGAGAUCUAAUAGAGGCAAAUGAGAUUAAAGGAAGAUGGAAGGAUAUAAACCAUUUAUAGUAUUACAGAGUGGUAGUACAGAAUGACAUAAAUAUGUGUAGAAUAUAUUUAAGAACUGACUCUUCUAGGAGGUAAGUUAUGAGAGCCAAUCAACCAGGUGUCAAAGGAAAAAGCACUAGACCAAGAUGAAAUACUCAUUGGACUCUUUAAAAUUGUAGAAGAAGAGACAGUUAAAGUGCUAACAGUUCUAUGUCAACAGUGAACAAGAAACUACUGUAAGAGCUGAGCAAAAAUAUAGGCUUACGUUAAACAUUAAGACAAAGAUAUUAUCAAUCAACAUUCUUAAUGAGUUCAAGGUUGACAGUGAAGAUGAAGGAAGCCAAUGACAAACUUAGACAAAAUCAUGAAGGCAAAGGACACAAAUGUGACACAAAGAUCAGAAUAGUUAAAGCAAUGGAUUUUUCAAGCUGUAUAUAGAUAAAGAGUGAGAAUAAGAAGAUAGAUGUUCACUACGAACUGCAAGAAUUGAUCAAUAAGCCAUUGAAAAAAUAAAGACUGAUUGCUCCCUUAAGGCAAUACUUAGCAAGCAGGAACUCAGAUUUUUGGAGAAUGAGAUACAAGCAGAUGAUAGACUAGAAACAUGACCAUGGUUGGCAAUGUUUAUGGAAAUAGAGGAAGGGGAAGACAAUGGAUCACCAGGAUUCAGGCUCAGUUCAGUGGAACUAAGUAUUAUACAGCAAAUGUUCUCACUCUAAAGUGUAAUCAUAUGGGAUUCCUAGUAGAUAGCUGUUCCUUAUGGAUAUCUGAGGACAGAUUUUUGGCUUAAGAACUGUCUUAAUUAAAUAAGCAUGCAAACAAAUGGCUGAUACUUUUUACUGGCAUAACUAAUAUUAGGCUGUCUUAUGAGAUCCUCUUCUUUGUAGGUUUUAUUUUUUUAAUGUGUAUUUUGCAAUUGAACUAUUUAAAUAUUAUGAAGCAACAAUAUUUUUUUCUGUUUUUGUUAUUAGUAUGUAUAUCUUCAUAAAGCUAGCGUCUUGUCCAGCUUUUUAUCCUGAAAGCCUACCUUGCAUUCAGAUGAUUGCAGUUUUCUGGUUUGAAAUUGAUAUAGCUAUAUUAUAUUGUAAAAUAAACUGAUUUUGUAUUGACCUUAUUGAAAUUAUUUUUAUAAAAUUGAGCUGUAAAUAAAA